AUGAGCAGCGUCAACAGCUUGUGCGGCAAGGGACGGAUGGUUUUGACAAUUUUUCGGGACACUGCUUUGACUUUAGCUUCUGCCUUGUAUGUGAAGGAGACAAUAAUGGAAAAGUUUGGCAACAAUGGAGGUUCUGGCUCCUCUGUUAGCAAGCGGUUUUUUGGAAAACGAACAGAGGCCAGCAGUAGUUAG